AUGUAUUCUUUUUUAAACUCUUUAGAAUCUAAAUUUAAAGUAUUGGUAUAUUGUGAAUUAUCAUAUACAUAUUGUAAGAAUGAAAAACUUAUUUAUUUUACUGUAUAUCAAAAUCGAAAAAGUCGAAAACUUAUUCAUAAAUUUCUUAUUGAUGAUACUUGUUCAUUUGUGAAUGGAAACAAGCGAGAUUUUCAAUUUAAACAUGAUUCAGCCGUUGAAAAUUUUACCACUGAAACAGGUGUUGCUGAUACAUGGAUUACAUCUUUUAAUAGAAUUACAAUUCGAUCAAAUAUUGAUAUUGACGAAGUUUAUGAAAAUCCUGAAGAAUGUGUUUUUCUAUCCAGAUCAUCAUCAUUAGAAUAUUUACAAGAUACACCUAUGCGACCACCACCACGACCUCCUCGACCAAUCGCUAAUCCGAUUUUACCUGAAAAUAUCUAUGUAUGUCUAUAUGAUCAUCAUUCAACAGAAAAUAAUUCUUAUGAACUGGAAUUCAAUUGUGGUGAUCUUUUAUAUAUAAUUAAUACGGAUGGACCCACCUUUUAUGUAGGUCGUCGAUUAAUACUUCCUUACAAUAAUCAUUAUCAAAAUCCAAUAGGACUUGUAUAUAAAGAUUAUAUUAAACCUGCAUAUGAAAAGAUUUGCUAA